AUGGAAUAUGAAGUCGGGGAUCACAUGUUUAUCAAAGUAACUUCGAUGAAAGACCAGACGCGGUUUGGAGUAAAAGGCAAAUUGGCACCGAGAUAUGUUGGACUAUACGAAAUUCUUGAGAAGAUCAACCUAGUAAUAUAUUGGAUAGCCUUACCGCCAGUCAUGGAACAUAUGCAUAAUGUUUUUCACGUCUCCAUACUUCGGGAUUAUCUACAAGAUCCGUUACAUGUCAUUGAACCAACACAUGUGCUUUUGAAAGAUGAUUACACCUAUGAGGAGAGACAAAUACAAAUUGUUAAUCGUCGAAUCAAAAGACUAAGGAACAAAGAAAUCCUAUUGGAGAAGGUUGAUUGGCAAAACCACAGAGGGACCUAUGCAACUUGGGAAAUAGAGGAAUAUAUGAUAAGGAGAUACCCUGAAUUAUUUCCUUUCGAUCCGAUAUUCUUCCAAAAUGAAG